AGUUGUGAAAAUGUUAAAAAAGCACAAUUAUUAGUUUUUUAUUUUUAUUUUUCUAUAGUUGGUAGUGUGUAGCAACCAGCAACCAUUCUGUCAAAAACUGUAAUAUGUCAAACAAUAAUAAGUUACUUAACCUCAUUUUUUGUUGUCAAAAAUGAGCGACGACGCCUCUGAAAACAAGGAAGCCGCCGCCGAUUCCUUGCAGUCAUUCCAGUCAAUGAACAUAAACGAUGGAGACCAGGAAAAUAAUCAAAAAUCGGACAAACAGAAAAUCGAUAUAUUACUGAAACCGACUGGUAAUGCCCCAAUCAUGAAAAAGAAAAAGUGGACGGUUGAAGGAGACAAGCCCAUUUCGUGGAUUGCUGAGUUUAUGAAGAGAUACAUGAAAUUAGAACCACAAGAAAAAUUGUUUCUUUACGUAAAUCAGACAUUUGCACCUUCACCUGAUCAGAUAAUGAAGAAUUUGUACGACUGUUAUUCAACAGAAGGGAAGUUGGUUUUACAUUAUUGCAAAACACCAGCUUGGGGUUAAAUAUUUUUUGUUAUACUUUAUUUUUAAGUUAAGAAUAAAUAUAAAAUUGAUCUAUU